AUGCUAACGGCCCUCAAUGCAAUAAACCUGCUCAAGGUGUCACCACUGGCACUUGUGGUCCUGAAUGUGUCAACGACGGUAUGUGUGCUGGCAACCCUAAAGGCUCGAAAUGCGAUCCUGGCACUCGCACCUGUGGCCAAUGCCUUGCCAAUGCCGAUUGUGCUGGCAACCCUGCCGUCCCCUCCCGCGGCCGGGGCCAGCUCCACACCUGUUGUAGCGUCUUCGGUUGCCGGCGUCAGCUCCGCCCCUGUUAUAGUAUCUACGGUUUCCGGUGCCAGCUCCGCCCCCGUCGCAGCAUCUUCGCCUGCUGCCGGUUCCACCGGCCUGGUCAACCCUCCAGCCACUGGCUACACAGGUACUCCCAAUCUCGCUGCCCAAGGCAUUCAGACGUUCAACGUAUUCGAGAGGGCUGGAACUGGACAGUCGGUCAACAUCGAGUUCAUCGACGCUAGCGGCAACAGGGUAGUCUACCUUCUUACAUCUUUAGGUUCGGCUCCAGCUCGCUUAGUGCGUCGUCAAGGAGGUAACACCGCCCAAGUCAUCCAAGUCGACCCUCCUACGGUACCCAUCAGCUCAACUACGUCGGGCUCCGGUACUUCUACCAGAAGCUCUACCAGCAGCUCUACUAGCGCCCCUGCGACUAGCAUACCCACAGGCACGAGCAUCAACACCAGCUCGGGUAGCACCAGCCGCACUGCGUCGAGCAGCUCAUCCACGAGCACAAACACUGGCACGGGUAGCGGAACCGCAAACACCGGCACUACCACCGGCGCCGGUAGCCCCACAACUAGCCCAUCCACGGGCAUGGGCACUGGCACUGGCGCGGGUGAAGAAACCGGCAUCCCGGGCUCCGAGUCAGACCCCAGCUCAGCCCCGGCCCCCACGGCGUCUGGUUUAGGUACCGUUAACCCUAUUAACAUCGGCGGGUUUACUUACCUUGGCUGCUACGGAUCUCCUUCUAGCUUCCCGACCUUCAACCUGUUAUUGUCUGCUGAAGCUAUGACUAACGACCGCUGUAUUGCCCAGUGUGGCCCUACUGGCAAGCGUUACGCUGCUACCUUUGGCAGGGACUGUUUCUGCGGCGACUUUAUUGACGACGUCAAUGAGAUCAAGACCCCCGAGGAGCAAUGUAACCUCUCCUGCCCUGGUAACGGCAGACAGGUCUGCGGUGGCCGUGCUGCGAACCCUGUCGUCAAGGCCAAGCGCCAGCUGCCCGGAGUCAUCCCGGCUGUUAUUCGCUUUAGCAUCUACGUCCGAAACGGCGCCGCCCCCCCCGGUGUCUCGGGUGUCCCCUCCGGCACUGCUGUCAUUCCCGGCACCACCAACCCUUGCGCCAACGGAAGAUGUCCCAACAUCCCUUGCUAUGGUGACGACUGCUAUAAGAUCAUUGUUUGCUACGGUGGAUACUGCGCCUUCAACUUUCCCUGCUUCGGUUCCGAUUGCCAUCGCCGUCUAGUAUGUAACGACGGUAUCUGGCGCCCUGAAGCCUGUACGGGAUACGACUGUGGCCGUAAGGUUGUAUGCGUUUCCGGUCACUGCAACUACGUCGAAAAGGGCAUGGCUGAAUGGAACGAAAAAGUUACCUGCCACGGAAACUACUGCCAGGUUGAGAAGUGCUCUGGCGACGCUUGCAACCAGAAGUACGUCUGCAAGGACGGCUCCUGUGUCUUUACCAACAGUACCGCGGCGGACGCGCUCAACAAGUACGAGUGGUCCGGCGACAAGUAUACCGUUGUCAACAGCUGUGAACCCAACUGCCCCAAGCCUCAACCUCCGUGCGCGACGUGUGGCAUCGUCAUCUCGCAGGCUCCCGUCACCCAGACGACUUGCGUCGGUGCUUCUUGCAGCACUGUCGUCGUUCCCCAACCUCCCAUCACCAAGGUUCCUUACCAGACUGCUCAACCUACUGCCCAACCCCCUGCCGAGACCGGCAAGGUUGUCGUCGUCGCCGGAACUAUCAAGUUCGCUGCCAGCGUUGGUGCCGUCGUUUUUGGUGUCAUGGCUGCUGCCAUUCUGCUCUGA